AUGUCUCCUCCCCCAAUCACCUGUGCCCGAUCAUGCGCUGUGCAUGUGCCACCAGUGUGCAUGUCUCCUCCCCCAAUCACCUGUGCCCGAUCAUGCGCUGUGCAUGUGCCACCAGUGUGCCUGCACUGAACAGGCUCCCCAAUACAGCACUGAGAGUGAAACACAAUUGAGGAGAGGACGGCUGGACUUUGGACAUUUCUUUCUGUGUGCGUCCAUGCAAAUAUGAAGGUGAUCCAGCACUCUGCGGAGACACUGCAAACAGCUUUGGUUUCCAAUCGUCAGGACUUGACUGAACUUUACAGCAAGUACACAAAAGAGGAAAGGCAUUUUUUGGAGGAGGGAAUCCACCCUGGGCAGCCGGGUUCCCUUUUCCAACCCAUCACAGUGCACUCCGACUCAGACUGGAUCUCCGCUCACCCUGAGAAGCCUCAAGACUUUGAGAGCUUCUACAGAAAAACGUCCCGCAAGACCCCCAAUGCAAGCCACAAUACUAUUUAUAUUCAAACCAUAGGUUCCUUUGGAGAGGCGGGGGCCCAGGCAGACCAGUAUGUGGAGUGGCUCAGAGAAUACUGCCAGACCUUCUUCUGUGGGCUUUCUGUCAAGUUGCUACCGGCAGUUACUGUGGCUGAAACAGGAUGCUCUUUCAGGGUUAACUUUAACUCGCACAACCUUCAGAUCCUCACUGGUGACCUGCUACAAUUCCUGUCGAAUAGGAAACCAAAAGAUGCUUUUUGUAUCGUUGGAAUCACAAUGAUUGACCUCUACCCCGAAGAUUCCUGGAACUUUGUCUUUGGAGAGGCUUCGCUCAGUAUGGGAAUGGGUGUUUUCAGCUUUGCCAGAUAUGAUGACAACUUCUACAGCCGAAGUUAUGCCGGUGAGCUUCAGCUAAAGCCGGGAGACUACUCUGUGUUUGAUGGAUAUUACACUCCCCCCAUCACCAGCACCCUGCUGCUUCGAUCAUGCAAGACAAUGACCCAUGAGAUUGGCCAUAUGUUUGGAAUCAAGCAUUGCCAGUGGUUGAGCUGUGUCAUGCAGGGCUCCAACCACCUGGAGGAGUCAGAUCGUAGACCGCUGGAUUUCUGUCCCGUCUGUCUUCGCAAGCUACAGGUCGCUAUCGGCUUCAAAAUAGCUGAAAGAUACAAGGCCUUACUGCACUGGAUGGAGGGGGAUCAGAGUCACACAUCCAGACCAGAGGAGGCCUCUGCCUUUCAGUCUGUGCUCCACUUUCCCAAACCCACUGAAGCCUUUCAGACAUCCAGACUGUGGCUCCGCAGGUGCCUCGACAUACUGGAGGAAAAAAGAUGAACUAUAGUGCUUGUUCAUAAAUCUGGAUAAGAUCACAGCUCUGGCUUAUUCAUGGAUAUCAUUUUAAAAUAUGUGCUUAAUAUUUCUGCUGCUGUAUGAUUGCAAAACAGAAUCUUAGAGGUGCUAUUUAUAACACUGAUAACAUUCAGCCGCUAGAUGUCGCAUUCUCACUACCCCAUUCCAUUGCAUUUACUUCACAACAAGUCGUUACCAGCCACUUACCGUCAAUCUCAGCCUUUAUCUGUUUUUUCCACACUAGCUGAUGGCACAGAUAUACUACGUGAUACCAACGUUGUUAUACAAUUGUCUCACAAGCCUUUUUAGAAGUGAGACAGAGAUAA